AUGGAUGCAAAUAGUUCCUCGAUCACCAAAAGUUGCAGUGAUCAAAAUAAUUCUUUAGCCGGCAAUGUACCGGCAACCACCACCUCUUGGCGAGACUCGAACCAAAACAAAUACCCGGCACGAAGGGCUUUGAAUAGAUUGAAACAAAAUGCAGCCUCCUUCCAUGAGGAUGUGAACUUGGUUAGCCAACGCAUCUCGCAGCAAGCUUACGAGAUUGAGCAGAUGGGACAGCAAUUGGAAACCGCACAACAACGCAUCCAGAAGUUGGAGGUCGAGCUUCAAACUCGAAUAUUUAGAUCUAUGCCUGACUAUCAACUCAGUGAUGCCACUGUUUCCGAGGAUUUCCUGGUAAUCCGCGAUAGCCUCAGCGAGUGGGUGGAAGGGUUUCCUGAUAUCAAGUCUUUCCACGAAACUUUUAAUGAUGCCGUCCGUCGCCGAGGUAUGGAUGAAAACAUGCUUACCUUUCACAGCCAGUUUCAAUUAAAUCUCGAUCACGCACAAAAUGAGAUAUUGACAUGGAUUAGCUUCUGUGUUAUUCGAAAAUAUAUACUCGAACCUAGAGUAUUCGCCGCACCACCAGCGGAUCAAGAACUCAUGGAACACCUUCAUGAAGGGAUGUCGAUGCUGGAACCGAAAAAAGAUAUUGAAAGUAUCAAUCUCUGGCGGUCAAAUACAGUGAGGGCUUACACUGCAACUCAACGUCACAAGGAUAGAGCUAUUCAACACUGCACUGGCUUGGCCGAGUAUUUGCGUGGUUUUUUCAGUUGCUUCAGCUUUGAGGAAACAUUUGAUUGGGACCAAAAGUUUAGAAGACUCGGACAACAGGUAUUACCACAAAUUGCAGCUCUUGCGCUGAAAUUGAACUGUUCGCCGGAACAAUACAAGUGGGGACGAUUUCGAGAGGCCCUACCUCUAAUUAUCAACAAGGGUUAUUUGAGUCAUUUCACAAUCAUGGAUGCCCAUACUCACCACACGAUUAACCCUCAGGCUGCGAGGUUUGCGAGUAUGCAGGAUGAUGCACCUAUUGGUGUGUUCCUUCUGGUUUUAUUUCCGGCCUUGUUUCGCUUGGACCCCAGGGCGCAAAAUUAUAUUCCGAUCCAAAGGGCAGUAUUUGUGAUCCAAGGAUAUGAGAGUUUGCCUCCAAACUUGAAAGCAGAGGUUGAUUCACUGGCAACAGAAGGGUAA